AUGAUGGAGUCAAGUCCAAACCCAAAACCGGCAGCAUCUCGUGGCUGUCGAGAAAGAAGAAAACGUGGACCGAAAACCACCUACACAUUUCGCGUCGCUCCAAAGCCAACUCCAAAUCCUUCUUGGAUUCAAUACACCUCUUCCAAAGGCGAAAAGUCAUGGCUCGAAAUGAGAACUUCGGGUGAUCUCCCCGAUCCAGAGGUUGUUGAGUCAAUCCCAACAACAGAAAACAUUCAGAAACGACAAGAGGAGCCAGCACCCUUGCCUUCCAAUUACGAUGGGUCAAAAUUACUGAAGUUCUGUAACCUUGCACAGGAAAUCUGCCCUUCGGGAACGGCAAUACCAGUUACCUCUCCGCUUCCAACCCAGAGGAUCACAACCUCCACGUCGAGCAAUGGCGUCCCCUCAGAUCUCCACCCUACAAUGGGCCAGGAGGUAAUGUUGGCUCUGGGGAUACUCGCUGUGAUGUUUCUCACACUGUCAGCAAGCCGGUUUUGGUCUUGGCUGUGCAAGAGGAACAGUGUGGAUAAUAAGGAGUCGAAAGUGAUUUUCAGGAGAUUGUGUGAAUUAAGGCCAAGAGAAACUGGUACUUCAGACAGGAAAGAGGAUCCAGAAAAGACCAUAAAAACAGAAGGGAAGCUUGCAGAUAUUCUGGAUGAGAGACUCAGCCUCUCCCAACCCAUCACAUUCAUCUCUUUAUCACCCAGUCCGCCCGGCUCGCCCAGCUCAUCAUGCUCGACCCCGUUACCCUCCUCAAUGGAAGUCAUCGUCGCCGAGUCCACGCCUACUACUAUCACAAACAUACCGUAUCAUCAGCCAAGGAGGUUCAUACCACACGCUAUUCGAUAUGAAAAUAAAACGUUUCAGAUGGAAUGUUACAGGCGCCAGAAAGAACAGGAUGAGAGAGUUAGGCAGGGAAUGGAUUUUCUGAGACCGUAUUUAGCGGUGAGGCUGAAGAGGAAGAGGAGGUUGGAGAAGGAGAAGGUGACGAAGAGGAGGGAGGUCGUGAAGAGGGGUGGGUGGGUAGGAGUAGGAAGGUAG